UAAAUAGCUAUUUGAUAACUGAUGAAACUGCAAUCUGAUGAGCCAUAUUUGUAAAAUUAAGAUAAUAUUUACACUAUCUGCCAUAAUAUUGACAGAUUGGUGUAUAUGUGUUGACCACGUACUUGAAAUUACUGACUAUUUCAGCUUUGAUGUACAAAUUAGUGAUUCUGUCGAUGAUAAGGGUCAGUAUAUACUCUACCUACCAUGGGGUGAUACGAACGUUACUAAAGUUAAUUUUGACGGUGUACAGAUUUGGCACAAUAAGGGUGGCUCAAUGCGACUUCGGUUUGUACGAUAUUACUACGCUGGACCCGACCCAAGAAUAGAGAUAACCCAUGGACCAGAGGGAAAAGAAACUGCUUUACUAUAUCGUAAUAUGGGCGGUAUUUGGAAAUGUGUAAAUCAAGAUGGUGGCUCUGCCACUGCAUCAAAUGUAGGUGCACCAGAAGCUAUGGAUAUUGAUCAGUUAGAUUUUAGUGGAUUAUCUAUCGAUGAUGACAAUGACAACGAGAAUGACAAUGACAGAGAUACAGAUACAGAUACAGAUAAAGACAAAGAUAAAGACAAAGAUAAAGACACUGUUGAUGAUUCAGGUAAGGAAGAACCAAUUUAUGAAGAAAUGCGCAGUAUAUCAACUGUGCCCAAAACACCAGAUCAACAAACUCCACCAAAGGAUUCAACAGAUGAUCAGAAAUCAAAAGAUUCAAAGGAAUCAACAGAAGAUUUACCACAAGAACAAGAUCUACCUGAUAGUGAUGAGGACGAGGAUGAAGAUUCUGAAGAGCCUAUUUAUGAGUCAAUGGACAGUUUUAGACCUCAAAUGCAGAGUGAAGCCUCAACUCAGGCUUCUGUAACUCAGCCUGAAAUCACUGAGGAAGAAAUGAUUCAGCACAUGGUAACAACAGAUGAUGAGGAUAAUGCAGAUCGCGAAGAACAACUUACAUUAUUAAGUGACGACAAUGUUUUCUCGGAUACCUAUAUUACGCAAUCUGCAAGACCUGAACCUCCUAAAUAUGACCCUAAAACUAGAGGUUUAACAACAAGUUCAAAUACUUCAACUUCGAGUAGUCCCGCUAAAUCUCGAUCAAGUUCCGUUCGAAGCAGCCUUGGAAAAUACUUUGCUCAACCUCUAAAAAGACUUAGAAGUCAUUUAACAUCACAAAGCUCAGGAACUGAUACAGACCCCAAUUAUCCUGGUGAUGAAAGUAGUAAAAGUAAAUUACCCAGUGAUUCUGAUUCUGAUGUUGAUGUUGUUGUUGAUGUUGAAACUAUUGAGGAGGAACCACCUGAUAAAAAAGCUGAGAAGCAUACGAGGAAAAAACUUAAGACUCGUCAUGUAAGAGAUGGCGACGGUUCGUCAAAACCAAGUCCAAGACCGUAUAGUUCACUGAAAAUAUUCAAGAAAUCUGUAAAGAAAAAAGAUAAAAAGAAAAAAGACAAAAAGAGAAAGAAAGAGGAGAUUGAACCGGAGGUUAUUAGGGUGGAAUUAGGAUCAGAUGAGGAGGAUUGUGGUGAUGACGAGCAACCCUCGACUGAAGGUCCUAAGAAAGACGAGUUGAACAAGAACUGUAAGAUAUCUUAAUUGUUCCUUUUGACAACUGUAUCAUAAACUUACCAGUGAUUUGGCUUGGAUGAAUUUUAAAAUAUUUUUAAAAUCAUCUCUGAUUUUUUAUUUUACUAAUUUUAAUCCUAGGUUUAAUAUUUAAUAACUUUUAGCUUUUUUCAAUAAAUUUUAAGAUUUUAAAAUAAAGUGAAUUACUUUUCAGUAAUUUAAUAAUUUUUAACCCUUAAUAUUUUAAAGAUCUAUA